AUGUGAAAAAUCUAACAUAACCGAUAAAAGUAUUAAUAGUCUAAAUAUAAUAUGACAAAAAUUCCAAUCCCCUUUUACAAGGCUUUAAGUUGAUCUUGUUGUCCCUCAUUAUCUCGAGACUCCAUGAAUCAUCUCCAAACAUUUCUUACUGUAAUUGGUUGCUUCAUUUUCAUCACACUCUUAUGCGUCCUUCUACUCCUCCUCUGGAAUCAAUGCAAACGCAAAUCCCAAUCUCCAUCCCAAAUUCCAGUCACUAUUUCCCGACCCGACCCCAAUUCCACUUCUUUCUCCAUUUUCGCUUCCUUCGACCCUUCUCUACCUCAAGUUUCCAUGCCCGAACUCUUAAAAGCUACUAAUGGAUUCGAUCCUAAACUCAUUAUCGGCGAUGGUAGUUCCAGUCUUGUUUACAAAGCCGAACUAUCUUCUGGUGUUACCGUCGCUGUUAAAAAACUAAGUCUUGAUGCUUUUCAAGGGCUUCGUGAAUUUUGUGCUGAAACGGAAACAUUAGGUAAACUUCGUCACCCAAAUAUAAUCAAAAUUCUAGGUUAUUGUGUUUCUGGGUCUGAUCUUCUUCUUAUAUACGAAUUUAUUGAAAAAGGAAGCUUAGAUCAAUGGCUUCUAGAUACGCCACCUUCCUUCGAUUCUAAUUGGGUUCCAUUAUCAUGGAAUUUAAGGGUUAAAAUCAUUAAAGGGGUAGCAAAUGGGUUGUACUUUUUGCAUGGGUUAGAAACCCAUAUAGUUCAUAGGGAUAUUAAGGCUAGUAAUGUAUUAUUAGAUGCUGAUUUUGAUGCUCAUAUUGCUGAUUUUGGGUUAGCUCGAAGAAUUGAAGGAGCUGAUUCUCAUAUCUCCACACAAGCUGCUGGAACAAUGGGGUAUAUGCCGCCUGAGUAUUUUGGAGGAUAUACUGCUGCUAGUGUUAAGGGUGAUGUUUAUAGCUUUGGGGUUUUGAUGUUUGAGGUUGCUACUGGGAAGAGACCUAAUUGGCCUAUUAAAGAAGAUGGGCAAGAGAUUUGGAUGUUGGAAUGGGCAAAGAAAAGGAUUGAUGAAAAUAAGGAAUUUGAUGUUUUGGAUAAUAGUAUUAGUAUGAAUAGGAAUGACUUGAAUCAAGAUGAGGUUUGUGAAUAUUUUAGAAUUGCUAAUUUGUGUACUUGUCCUCAACCUAGAGAAAGGCCUCCUAUGUGUGAUGUGGUCAAAAUGUUGGAUCAUCUUGGGAAUGUAUAAUAUUGUAGAUCAAAUGUUGGAUCAAUUGUUAUUAUGCAAACAUUUUGAGUCGUAUAAAGAAAGAAUGCUUAUACAUGUAUGUAUUUGGUGACUUGUGGCUAUUUUGGUGGCUUUGUAAGUUGUAAAUAAUCAAUUACUUUAGUAUUUUAUUUACAAAAGCAAGGUGUCACCUUAUGAGUGAAUUUUAUGAUGCUUCAAUUCUCAAUGACUAAUUGGGUGGUGUAUUUUAGUAUACUUAUUAUUCCUAGUGUUAUUUUUGAAUGAUGAUUGAUUGGUUGAUUGAAGAGUGAAAAAAGCUUAAACCUCUACAUAAUGUUC